AUGGGCACUUCUUAUUUAUCCUUUCAUCUGACGAGUUUCUCCAAAGCGACUUAUAGACUUAGAUUAAGGUGCUAAGAUAGUUACAGUGAUUUGCCAGUUUAUAUACCAGGGUAAUUUUCACAGUAUCGAUUCAGGGUAAGUAACUGGAUAAAGAGUACUUUCAGCAAGACAAGAGCGGUAAUUCGAACCGAGGACCUUCCGAUUCCAGUGGAAACGCUCGAUAAGCAUAAGGGUACGUCUACGGGGUUGCGUUUACUGUAAAAAUGUUAAUUCAUCUGUAACAUGGGCGCUCAUUCUGAAUUUACUGCAGCUGGAAUGAAACACUGAACAACAUCUGCACAGAUAAAAACAGUUAUCUAUUUUUCUUCCUUUUACUGAGACACAUCAACUCAAGUUACAUGAAUGCACUCUUUUCUACUAGUUAGUAUCUUACGAUAUUAUCUUACUAACUGAUCACUGGUAUUUUGGAAUCUGCAAACACCGUACCAAAAUUUUAAUAAUUAAGUUUGGGUUACGGCAUUCGUGCAAGUUUUUUUGUAAUAUUUUCUAAAUGUGCAAGGAGACAUGCUGACUGAUUUUUAUAAAGAGUAAAAGUAAUAAAAAAAAUGUGAAAUUUCCUGUUUUGUUGUAAAAUAUGAAUUUUACUGGGAACAUACACUGGAUAGGUUGGUAGUGGUAAUCAUAAUGGGAGCUAAUGGGUAAAGGAAUAGAUAUGCAGAAACUUCUGUGUGUGUGUGUGUGAAAGGGAUCAUAUAAAUCAGUAUACACUAAACCAUCACUGACAGGGAGCCAGGGAGCCAACUGAAGAUGCCAAAUAUGUAUAAUAUAUAAUCACAAUAAUACAUAUACAUAUGUACAUGUAUUAUAUAUAUGUAAUAUAAGUGCCAGUGCACCAGGAUGAGCAGUGUGUACGACACGGUGGAGCCCAGUGUGGUGGACGAGGAGAUGCUCCAGAAGGCCGUGGAGGAGCAGGGACCCCAGGGUCAAGCGGGACGCAUUGCCCGGGACGAGGGGGUCCAGUACCAUGAGGUGUGCCAGCUGUGCUUGGACUACAGGAACAUUUUAAAAAUUGACCACUUGUGGCAGUUCACUUCGCUGACCAAGUUGCAGCUGGACAACAACAUCAUUGAGAAGAUCGAAGGACUGGAACGUCUCACCAACCUGGUGUGGCUGGACCUGUCAUUCAAUAAGAUUGAAGUCAUUGAGGGACUGGACACUCUGGUCAAACUGGAGGACCUGAGUUUGUACCACAAUCGGAUUUCCAUUAUCGAGAACAUGGAUUCUCUUCAGAAGCUGCAUGUGCUUUCGCUUGGAAACAACCUCUUACGUGAUCUGGAUAACGUUGUUUACCUACGAAAGUUCAAGAACCUGCGCACCCUUAACCUUGCAGGAAACCCUCUUUGCAAAGAGUCCAACUACAAGGUGUUCAUUGCUGCUCAUUUCCCAGAGCUGGUCUACUUAGACUUCAGGAUUUUAGACAAGCAGACACGUGAGGAAGCUCUGAGCAAAUACCAAGUUGUCAUUAAUGACAUGCGGAAGGAGGAUCUUCUGGAGCUGAAAGCACUGGAUGUGAAACGCCGAGACGAGGAGGAGCUGCAGCUCCACAAGGAUGCCUUUGUGGAGUUCCUUAACGGGCCUUACCUCUUUGAGAGCAUGUACGCAGAUGAUACAGAAGCUGUCAAGCUGGCCUACCUGCCAGGAGUACCCCAGCUGCUGGACUCAUUCCAGAGCCAGAUGGUGGCGCUGUGCAUGCAGGUUUUUGAGAUGGGCCUGGAGCAACAUCACAGGAGGAAGGCAGAGGUCAGCUGCUUUUUUGAGUGCUCCCUUGAGGCUGUGCGUGAAAACCAGCAAAAGGCCACGGAGUUGGUGGCAGCCUUCGAGAGUUGUAGGAGAGAGACAUUGGUGAAGAUGCAACAGACCACAGACCCCAAGCUGUUGGAAGCCCAGCAAAAGCAGCAUCUUGAUGAAACUUGUCAACUUCGUGACAAACUCAUGAUUCUGGAGCUUCAGCUGGUUGAUCAACUUGAAGAAAUUAUCAAAGACUUUGAGAGGAACAUCACUGACAUGGUUGGAGGAUUCAUUGAGAGUGUGCAAGGGAUAUUCGCCCAGUGUCGGGACCUGGAAAACAAUCACAAUGAGAGGCUCCAGGAGAUCGCUGUGGCAGCUUUGGACAAGGCAGCCGCAAAUGAGCUGGAGGAGGACAUGCCUGAAGGCGAACAACUGCCGUUUUUCGACAAGGACACGGUAAUGAAUGCUGUCAGUGCCUCCCAUGAUAUCCAUCUGCUGAAGAUCGACAAACGGGAGGACGAGCUUGUGACCCGCAUCAAUAGCUGGAUGACGGUUCUUAUGAAGUCGAUACAGGAUGCUGAAGGGAAGCGGAAUCGUAAGCGAAUUUCUGAGAUUCAUCACUAUAUAGACUACGUAAAGACCCAGCUGGAUGAAGUGACCCUUCAUAGGACCCUGUGAAAACCAGAGGACAACUGCUUACAAUAUAAA